AUGAAACCAGCAGUUAUAUUCACUAUGCUACUGGGCGUAGCAGCAGCAGCACCUACUCUCGAGGGACGGCCGCGCGAUAUGCAUCUUGUUGAGCGUGAGCCUGGAAAAGCUAGCAAAGCGAUCAUUGAUAUUGCACGCGAGGAAGAAAAGUACAAACACAUUUUUAAUAAGAAGAAAUCAGAUAAGGCAUAUGGCUAUAUUUGA